AUGGCCCGCCCGGUGCAGUGUAGGAGCGCGACGCUGGUGGCUGUGCUGCUGGCCGUGGCCGGCGGCGCGCGCGGCGGCGGCUUCCUGGGCCACGGCGCCUUCGAGCCGAUCGAGGAGCACUCUAGCGUGUUGCACGAGGCGCCGUCGCCGCCGCAGGUGAAGGUGAUCCGCGUGCCCGUGCCGCAGCCCGUGCCCGUGGCCGUGCCGCAGCCGGUGGCGGUGGCGGUGCCGCACCCGGUGCCCGUCUACCACAGGCAGGUGCAGCGCGUCCACGUGCCCGUGACGCGCACCGUGCAGGUGGAGCGCGAGCGGCCCUACCCCGUCUACGUGGAGAAGCGCGUGCCCGUGCCCGUCGACAAGCCCUACCCCAUCACCGUCAAGAAGCCGGUCGCCGUGCCCGUGCCCAAGCCGUACCCCGUCAGGGUGCCCGUCUACAAGCACGUCUACCACAACAUCGGAGGCGGCGGCGGCCACGGCCACGGCUGGUGA